AUGCUUGACCACGACGCCAAGUAUAAGCUCGGCUUCCUUGUUGAUGAUAAGAACUCAAUAUCCAAGGAGAAGUGUGCCAUCGACGUGUCCACCGUAAACGCUAGUUGUGGCUUGCUCGACCACGACGCCAAGUAUAAGCUCGGCUUCCUUGUUGAUGAUAAGAACUCAAUAUCCAAGGAGAAGUGUGCCAUAGACGUUUCCACCGUGCGCGCUAGUUGUGGCUUGCUCGACCACGACGCCAAGUAUAAGCUCGGCUUCCUUGUUGAUGAUAAGCGCUUCAACGUAGCCAUAACCCGCGCGAAGGCCAAAGCGAUCAUAAUCGGCAACCCGCUAUGCUUGGGACGGGACGCCAAGUGGCGCGCGCUCAUGGACCGCUGCCGCGAGCUCGGGACCUACGCGGGACACGACGCUAAUGCCGCCAACCCUGCGGCCGCUCAGGAUGACAUGCUGCAGCGCCUGCGUCCUGUACUGAAGGAGCUCAAGAUCAAUAAAGGCAAGGCUUAAAUCCAUCCAUUGAUGCGGAGCGUUGUUAUUGUGAGGGAGGGAGUGCGGGCCAUUUUCCAACUAAGCGAAGAUGAUACGCGCUAUAAGCAAGCAAUCUAAUGUUAUUAUAUCUCGUCUCCGCUCAACAUCGCGUGUCAACGUGGCUCUAAUUUACGCUAAAGUCAUAAAAUCCUACGCGGGACACGACGCUAAUGCCGCCAACCCUGCGGCCGCGCAAGAUGACAUGUUGCAGCGAUUGCGGCCUGUGCUGAAGGAACUCAAGAUCAAUAAAGGCAAGGCUUAAGGUACAGAGCGAAAUGCUAGUGAAGUGGAGUGUAGGAGUAGGGCCGUUUUACACCAGAACGGAGGCGAGACGCGUUAUAAGCAACCAAUAAAGUUUCGUUAUUUACUCGUCUCGUCUUUGCUCAGCUUUAGCGUGUCAACGUGGCUCUAAUUUACGCUAAAGUCAUAAAAUCCUACGCGUGACACGACGCUAAUGCCGCUAACCCUGCGGCCGCGCAAGAUGACAUGCUGCAGCGUCUGCGGCCUGUGUUGAAGGAACUCAAGAUCAAUAAAGGCAAGGCUUAAGGAACAGAGGGAAAUGUUAGUGGAGUGUAGGAGUAGCGCCGUUUUA